AUGUCUGUGAACUCAAAUCCGUACGCGCCAUCCCCAAAUGAUGUGUUAUCGAAUGUCGGAAAUUUCCAACUUAUUGAAUCAACUUUGAGAGAAGGUGAGCAGUUUGCCAAUGCGUUCUUUUCCACUGAAAAAAAGAUUGAAAUCGCAAAGGCUUUAGAUGACUUCGGUGUUGACUAUAUCGAACUCACCUCACCAGUUGCCUCCGAACAGUCCAGAAAGGACUGCGAAGCUAUUUGCAAACUUGGAUUGAAGGCUAAAAUUUUGACGCACAUUCGUUGUCAUAUGGACGAUGCAAGAGUGGCUGUAGAAACCGGCGUAGACGGUGUCGAUGUAGUCAUCGGCACUUCAAAAUUCUUGAGAGAAUAUUCGCACGGUAAGGAUAUGAAUUAUAUUGCAAAAUCUGCUGUUGAGGUCAUUGAGUUCGUCAAAUCUAAAGGUCUUGAAAUUAGAUUUUCUUCGGAGGAUUCUUUUCGGUCCGAUAUUGUUGAUCUCUUGAAUAUCUACAAAACUGUUGAUAAAAUUGGUGUUAAUAGAGUUGGUAUUGCAGACACUGUCGGAUGUGCAAAUCCAAGACAAGUUUAUGAAUUGGUUAGAACUUUAAAAAGUGUUGUGUCGUGUGAUAUUGAGUGUCACUUCCACGAUGAUACAGGUUGUGCCAUCGGUAAUUCUUAUUCUGCUUUAGAAGCAGGAGCAAGGUUGAUAGAUGUUUCGGUUUUAGGAAUUGGGGAGAGAAACGGUAUAACCUCCCUUGGUGGUCUAAUGGCAAGGAUGAUUGUAUCUGCACCAGAUUACGUUAAGUCCAAAUAUAAACUACACAAAUUGCGUGACAUAGAGAAUCUUGUCGCUGACGCAGUUCAUGUCAACCUACCGUUUAACAACCCAAUUACAGGAUUCUGUGCAUUUACACACAAAGCGGGUAUUCAUGCCAAGGCUAUUUUGGCCAACCCUUCCACUUACGAGAUUCUAAAUCCAGAAGACUUUGGUAUGAAGAGAUAUAUUCACUUUGCUAACAGAUUGACAGGAUGGAAUGCUAUCAAAUCUCGUGUCGAACAACUAAAUUUAAACCUAUCAGACGAUCAAGUCAAAGAAGUUACAUCUAAGAUCAAACAAAUCGGUGACGUGCGUCAAUUGAGUAUCGAAGAUGUGGAUACUAUCAUCAAAAAUUUCCAUUCGGAGUUAUGA